AUGAUGCUUUCCAACUACACGGACAUUUCCGCAAUCCGGCAAGAGAUUAUGGAUAAUAAUUUGCGUGCCAAGGCAAUUAUUAUGGACAUCACAAACUUUCGCGGGACACUGCUCGAACUAGAAACACUGAACGAAGCCGGCAGGGAUAAGUUGGCCGUUUUGCGCAAAUGUAUCGACCGGAUGGAUGUGCUGGCACGGGACGAAACGGACACGAAGCUUGCCGAGGAGGUGGAAAAGAACCGCGAACAGUAUGCGAAAACACUGCAAGCCUUCCGGAAAGCGAAUAUAGCGACAAUGCUGGAGAUCGAAAAGUCCAACAAGGAGGAACUGUUUGCGUUGCAGCCGGAAGCGAGCGAGGUGCGGAAGCGCAAGCUAGGGAGCGGCAUUCCCGGCAGCACGUCGAAAACGUACCGCAGCUCGGCGCUGCUACUGCAGCAGGAAAGUGUAACGGAACGGAUGAUUUCCAUCUCGAAGCAGCUGCACGAUACGACGCAAAAGUCGGCCGCCACCCUUGAUAUGCUUGUGGCGACCAGUGCUACGGUGGAGAGCACGCGGGACGAGCUGCUUAGUACGGCAGGUAAGAUCCAUCAGUCAGGCAAACUGCUCCAGAAGUAUAGCCGGCGUGACUGUACCGAUAAAAUAUUGGCCGUGUUUGGGUUGCUACUGUUCCUGUCGAGCGUGAUCUACGUGCUGUCGAAGCGUUUGUUUUAA